UCGGGAGAGCCGGUCUCGCCGCCUGGCCGCGGCGUCUCGCCGCCUGGUCGCUGCACCCAAGACGGCCCAGCGGACACACGGAGGCAGACCGACGGAGGGUGUCCUGCAGACAGACAGGAGAAAACAUCCGGCCACUGCAGGGGGUCCGAGUUCUGGAUUUGACAAGGGUCUUGGCUGGUCCAUUUGCAACUAUGAUCCUUGGAGACCUUGGUGCCGAGGUCAUUAAGGUGGAGAGACCAGGAGCAGGAGAUGAUACCAGGGCCUGGGGUCCUCCAUUUGUCGGCACAGAAAGCGCCUACUUCCUCAGUGUGAACCGAAACAAGAAGAGCAUCGCUGUUGACCUCAAACACCCCAAAGGAGUCAAGCUCAUCUCAGAGCUCACUAUGGUGUGUGAUGUCGUAGUGGAGAACUAUCUUCCAGGGAAACUGGAUAAAUUGGGUUUGGGAUACCAGCAACUCAGCACAGCCAACCCCCAAAUCAUCUACUGUUCUAUAUCAGGUUAUGGACAGACAGGUCCUCGGUCUCAGAGGCCAGGUUAUGACUCCAUCGCCUCAGCCGUGUCAGGAAUGAUGCACAUCACCGGACCGGAGGGUGGAGACCCUGUCAGGCCAGGUGUAGCCAUGACAGACUUGGCCACCGGUCUGUACACGCACGGCGCCAUCAUGGCUGCCCUGCUGCAGAAACAGAAGACGGGGAAGGGAGUCCACAUUGACUGUAACCUGCUGUCAUCACAGGUGUCCUGUCUCACCCAUAUAGCAGCUAACUACCUCAAUGCAGGGAAGGAGGCACAGCGAUGGGGGACGGCCCACGAGAGCAUCGUACCCUACCAGGCGUUCAGCACCAAAGACGGUCACAUUGUCGUGGCAGCUGGCAAUGACAAGCAGUUUGUCAGAGUGUGUCAUGUGUUGGGGCUGAUGGAGCUAACAGAAGAGCCCAACUACAGAACUAACAAGCUGAGAGUCACACACCGCAAAACACUACUAUACACACUGUCCCAAAGGUUUCUAGAGGAGAAGACAGAUGAAUGGCUGAGGAGGUUUGAGGGGUCAGGUGUUCCUGUUGGACCAAUCAACAGCAUCCAGCAAGUGUUUUCAGACCCCCAGGUUAAACACAACCGUCUGAUACAGGAAAUGGACCAUCCAACAGCAGGACACAUAUCUCUACCUGGUCCGGCGGUUCGUUUCAGCAGCUUUGAUUCCAGCGGGCCGUCGCCCCCUCCUCUGAUUGGCCAGCAUACUGUGCAGGUGCUGAGGGACGUCCUGUCAUACAGUGAUGAUGUCAUCAAAACGCUGCUGGAGUCAGGGGCGGUGGUCCAGAAUAAGGUGUCCUGAUCUGGUCAGGUGUACGACACGCAGACAGCGCUUCGUCACCGCAGUCGAGCAUCUCAAAAUCCGUUUUGAAACAAUUGUUCACUGACAGACUGAUUACAAACCACAACCAAACAAUCCACAGAUCUGUUCAGCGUCUGCUCAGUUAAAACUGAUUUUAUCCAACCAUUCAGCCACUAAAGGGCAGUUUUGGGUCACAAGAACAAAUGAAAUUUCCAUAGAAUUAAACACUAUGACAACAGCAUCAAUAAAUAACCAGAUGAAACAGGAAUCAGUAUGAUAGGACAAGAUAACAACAGCAUUUAGUUAUACAUAAUAUUGUGUUGUUGCUGAAAAUUUUAUGCAUUUUAAAGGGGCUAUGUGUAAGAAUUGGCCAAUAGGGGGCAGCAUAUUACCCAGAAGUUGGGGUGUAAUGCACAGGCCCUCCCAAGAGGUUUCUUAUAGGAUUGAACUGUAGUCCGCUGACGUCCGGUUUCUACUGCAGCGGCCAUACCAGUUUCCUGUGUGUUGGCGUGUGCUGUUGACAAUGGUAUAUUUUUCGCGAUGCCUGCAAGAUUUACCGUGGAUAAAUGUCAACCACAUGCACACGACUGUCCACACACUUUCACCUGCACCUACCAACAAACAGGUGAAAAGUGUCAAGUUGUACAUAUCAAGUUGAGGACGUAACUUAAAUGACAUUCACCUCAGCAACAAGAUUGUCACAAUAUUUUAACGAUGAUAAUGAAAUAAACGAGUGCC